AUGUCCGUUCAAGCACCGAACAACCUGCCCUGGGAUCCCAACAAUGCGCAAUUUCCCUCCCGCAAGGAACUACCCAAGCUACCCGGCGCCCCGGAGGAUGCAGCCUGGGUUUGGGGCAAAGACGAUGCUCUCGGCCGAUUGAAUCUCCUGACUUCACAGCGAGUAAAGGCUGCCGCCGCCGACAUCCGGACGGGAGAAAUGGUUCGAUUGGACCUCCCUGUGAACAUCCCCGAGAACCCGGCCUUUGGACGCGAGCACUUCCAGCAUCAUAUCAAAUGUCUUGUCCCUGAGAUCGCAUAUGACGACACUUAUACUUUGAACACGCAGAGCGGCACCCAAUGGGACGGUUUCCGACAUUUUGCCCACAUUGACAGCAAGUCAUUUUACAACGGAACUACUGCCGCCGAUAUAGUUGGUGACGAUGCCAAUCACCGCUGCGGCAUCCACGACUGGGCUAACCACGGCAUCGCCGGCCGCGGUAUCCUUCUCGACUACCGCCACUACGCCGAGACCCAGAACAACCACUACGACCCCUACACGGCGCACGCCAUCCCGUUCGAGGAGCUGAAGGCCUGCGCCGUUUCGCAGGGCAUCGACCUCCGUCCGGAGUCCCAAGGCGGCGACAUCAAGGUCGGCGAUAUCCUCAUGGUCCGCUCCGGGUUCGUCCAGCGAUACCACGAGCUCAGCCCGGCCGAGCGCAAGGCCGGCGCCGAGCGACCCAUGGAGGAGCUGCAGUGGGCCGGUCUGAAGCAGGAGGAGCCCACGCUGGACUGA